CAUGAUGUAACUGAACCAGCGAGAACUUUCAGAAAAGCUGCGUCAGAGUCUUCUGUAAUAAAGGUGAAAUACUAAUAAACAGCUUCGUAUUCGAUUGCGUCGGAGUGUCAGUAAGAACUCACAGAGAUGUUGGUGGCGAGGUUAGCAUGCCUGCGGACCGUCCCCGUGGUCGGGCUGAGGUCGGCUCUGACCCCCCGGGUAUCUGCUCUCAAACCCGCUCAGCCUCUGAUCAAACCACACCAGACGUAUUCGACCAAAGCCAGGUUUGGAUUUCGGCGGAGCAAGACGGCCAGAGAUCAGCUACAAGAGGCUGCGUUUCAGCCAGCUACCGACACGGCUUUUAAAGUUGAUCAGAUGGGGAGGAUUCUUCUGGCCGGCGGUGCAGCAGUCGGACUCGGAGCUCUGUGUUAUUACGGACUGGGCAUGUCCAAUGAGAUGGGCGCUAUAGAGAAAGCUAUUAUCUGGCCGCAGUACGUGAAGGAUCGGAUCCACUCCACCUACAUGUAUUUCGCAGGCAGCGUGGGUCUGACGGCUCUGUCUGCCGUGGCUGUCAGCAGGACUCCAGCUCUCAUGGGCCUCAUGAUGAGAGGAUCCUGGCUGGCUAUUGGAGCAACGUUUGCUGCCAUGAUUGGUGCAGGGAUGCUCGUGAGGUCCAUCUCAUACGAAAACAGUCCCAUUCCCAAACAUAUGGCAUGGAUGCUGCAUGCAGGUGUAAUGGGUGCCGUGAUCGCACCCCUCACCCUGCUGGGCGGUCCACUGAUGAUCCGCGCGGCGUGGUACACAGCGGGCAUCGUGGGCGGACUGUCCACCGUGGCGAUGUGCGCCCCCAGUGAGAAGUUCCUCAACAUGGGCGGCCCUCUCGCCGUGGGCUUCGGCGUGGUCUUCGCCUCCUCGCUAGGUUCCAUGUUCCUGCCUCCCACCUCGGCGUUCGGGGCGGGGCUGUACUCGGUGGCCGUGUACGGCGGUCUGCUUCUCUUCAGUAUGUUCCUGCUGUACGACACACAGAAAGUGAUGAGGCGCGCAGAGACACACCCGCUGUACGGCAUGCAGAAAUACGACCCUAUUAAUGCGUGUAUGGGCAUCUACAUGGACACACUCAACAUCUUCAUGAGACUGGUGAUGAUCCUGGCUAACGGUGGUGGUGGAAAGAGAAAGUAAACUUCAGCAGGAGGAGGAAGAGGAGGGGCAACCAUAAAGCGAAGCAGGAUUGUGAACUGUUUAUAGGACAAAUUCAACCCCAUUCCUAAUUUUAGGUUUUGUUCUUGAUUAAACAGAUUCUCUGUUUAAGUGUGAUGGAGCUGGAAGAUAAAUGUAAGAAUGUGAUCACGUGGAGCACCAUGCUUGGAUAAAUACAGAGCUGAGCUUAUACUAGCAUUAGCUUUCUGUUAUUACAGCAGCGUAUGUAAAGUUUUUUAGUUAACGCUUGCUUAAGAUUACAUGCACUUAUUUAUUUUAAGAGCUCGACCCCCUCCCAGUCCGAUCAUCUCUGUUCUUCUACGUAGGAUCUGUGUUCUUUAUGUUCAGUGGUUUGGAGUUGUGAUUAACGCAGCGUUCAGAGGUGGAUGAUUAAACUGUGGUCGUUUCUACUCUAAUAAACAUCUGCAGAUCACCUGGUGUGUUAUGAUUUUUGGAUCAUUUAUCUAGACAUAAGGGCGGCUUGGUGGGUAGCGCUGUCCUCUCCUAGCAAGAAGGUCCUGGGUUCGAUUCCCAGGUGAAGCACUCUGGAAACUUGUGUUUGAAAUUAAAAACUUGUGUAACCAAUAA